UUGACUAUCCCAUCACGACAGCAUCCUGUUUGAUCGCCGCUUGAACAUCCUCACACAGGAUUAAUUAGUUAUCUAUUUAAAGUAGAGUGAAUGCCAUUGACACGCUCAAGCUGCUUCUAUGUGAGCUCGCUAUUCUUCCUGGUUGCAGUUACAGGAAUAUGUAUAUUCGCUUCAGCCUACGAUGUGAUUUUUCAAAUCUUUCACCCAGCCAAUAUGGCCGAGCCUCCUAACUACAAGAACUUGGCUGUCUUUGGAGGUAGUUAUGUUCUCUUGGUAUGUUUAAGUCUAUUCUCAUAAAUGACCAGUAUUCUAGAGGAUGUAGUAGGUUAACAAACGCUUUUUUU